AUGCGGUCUUUUCUUCUCGCUCUUCUCCCUCUGGCUCUCGCCACGGCUGUUCCCAGCUCCAAGAAGGUUGACUACAAUGGCUUCAAGAGUCUGCGUGUCACCCUCCCCAAGGGCGCUGAUGCUGAGGCCAUCAACAAGCUCGCUGCUACCAUCCUGAACCCUGGUGCUGGCGAGGAGCUCGACAUUGUCGUUGCUCCCGAGAACGUUGCCAAGGUCAAGAAGCUUGCCUCUGACGCGACUGUUUUGGUCGAGGAUGUUGGUGCUGUCCUUGCCAAGGAGGAGACCUCCACUGUCUACGCUGUCCCCAGCGAGUCGUGGUUCACCGCCUACCACCCCUACGCGGAUCAUCUUCAGUUCCUCACCGACCUGCAGACCUCUUACCCCACCAAGUCCGAGGUUUUCACUCUUGGCAACUCUUUCCAGGGUCGUGCUCUGACUGGUAUCCACAUCUGGGGAAGCGGAGGCAAGGGCUCCAAGCCUGCUGUCGUCUUCCACGGCACUGUCCACGCCCGCGAGUGGAUUGCCACUAUGACUGCCGAGUACUUGGCUUACCAGCUGUUGACCAAGUACGCCUCCGACGCUGCUGUCAAGGCUAUUGUCGACAAGUACGACUUUUACAUCACCCCCAUUGUUAACCCUGAUGGUUUCGUCUACACUCAGACCACCAACCGUCUCUGGCGCAAGAACCGUCAGACCGUCUCUGGAAGCACCUGUGUUGGCCGUGACGUCAACCGCAACUGGCCUUACAAGUGGGAAUUGACCGGUGGUGCUUCCACUAACCCCUGUGACGAGACCUUCAAGGGCCGUGCCGCUGGUGACAGCCCUGAGCUCAAGGCUAUCGUUGGCCAGAUUAACUCUCUCGCUGCUGGCCGUGGUAUCUCUUUCUACGUUGACUUCCACUCCUACGGACAGUACAUCCUCUGGCCCUACGGUUACGACUGCAGCGUCGUCGCUCCCGAAGAGACUGCUCUCUCAUCUGUUGCUGCCCGCAUCAACGCCGGUAUCCGUGGCCAGUCCGGUCUUUCUUACACUGCUGGUAACUCUUGUCGUGCUUUGUACGCCACCACUGGUGACAGCAUCGACUACGUCCAGGGUGUCGCCAAGGCCAAGUACGCUUACACCAUUGAGCUCCGAGACAAGGGUACCUAUGGCUUCAGCUUGCCUGCUAGCCAGAUCCAGCCUACUGUUCGCGAGACUUGGGCUGGUGUUCUUGCUGGUCUCCAGGCUAUCUAA